AUGGCUCUGGAUGUCGAUCCAAAAUCGUCAGACUCGAUAAAGAAAGCAGCGAGCACUGUUGCUUUCGACCUCAUGUCAUAUUAUACAGGAAACAAAACCGGAGGCAUACCGGGCAUAUUACCUGAUCCUUUCUUUUGGUGGGAAGGUGGUGGAAUGUUUAUGACACUGAUCGAUUACUGGCGAUAUACUGGAGACUCAUCAUACAACGAUGUCACAUCGCAGGCUUUACAAUUCCAAGUUGGCGACCAAAGCGAUUAUAUGCCAGUUAACCAAACUAAAAACGAAGGAAACGAUGACCAAGGGUUUUGGGCAAUGGCAGCAAUGUUAGCAGCAGAGACGAACUUCCCAAAUCCACCACCAGACAAGCCACAGUGGCUCGCUUUAGCGCAAGCAGUCUUCAAUGAGUUUGCUUCAAGAUGGGACACUGAGCAUUGUGGGGGCGGGUUGAGAUGGCAAAUAUUUCCAUUUAACAAUGGGUUUAAUUAUAAGAAUAGCAUCGCAAAUGGUGCAUUCUUCAACCUCGGUGCUAGGUUAGCUCGCUACACUGGCAACGAUACUUAUGCUCAAUGGGCCGAGAAGAUCUGGGAUUGGGAGGAGAACUUAAAGUUAAUCGACGUUGACUACAACAUUUUUGAUGGUGCUACGAUUGAGCAGAAUUGUACGGUUCUUACGAAAUUUCAAUGGACCUAUAACGCUGGUAUUUAUUUGCACGGUGCUGCAAAUAUGUUCAGCUACUCAAAAGAAUCAGCCGUCUGGCGGGAACGCACCGGAGGAAUUCUCAACAGGACCACCGAGAUAUUUUUCAACAAUACAAUUAUGGAGGAGUCAGCUUGUGAGCAACCAGGAACAUGCAACACCGAUCAACUGUCAUUUAAAGCCUACUUGAGCUCAUGGCUAGCGGGAACUUCGAUCCUCGCCCCAUUCACUCUCCCUACCAUCGCUCCCCUUCUCGCUUCUUCAGCCAUCGCCGCCGGUCAACAAUGUAACGGGGGAUCAACCAGCAAAUGCGGAUUCAGAUGGACAGAAAGAACACGAAAUGACGGAAAUUUCGGUAUCGGCCAAAGUAUGAGCGCGCUAGGCGUUAUCCAAAGCGCCAUGGUUUCAGUUCCUCGAAAAGCAGUCACUACACCACAACAGCCGGGCCAGUCGGGGACACCUACAAGCGCAAACCAACCGGGCGGUACAGGCGAAGUCACUGUCACGGAUCCAUCCAACCCUAAUGCUCCUGGCGAAGAGAUUCCAGCGUCUUUCAUUCCGGUCACGAAUUCUACGGGUGGAACGAGUGUUGGAAACCCAAAUGCGGGGCUUUCUGCUAGUCAGCAGGGUGAUAUGAUGACGAAAGUUAUUAUGACCUCGACAAAGGAUACGGUUGCGGCCAGCUUUUUGACGGUUGCUAUGAUUGGGGGUGUUAUUGGUGGGACUUUCGUUAUGGUUUUUGAGAGCUGA